GCUGCAUGAAGGGUCUGUCGCUCACACGAACCAUACGAAUUUCUUAUUCUGCACGGAUACCUGCAGAGCGUCUAGGAUCAUUGGAUUGAAACUGAGAAGCAUUGAUCCCUGGUUGUUAUGGAGCUUACAAAGUUAGAAACCUGGAGAGAAUUGAUUCGGAUAACCUUCCAGGUACAUUCUUUGUACCAUUCGCUGAGUGGUAGCCAGGUCAAAUCGAAAGCCUGGCACAAGGAUUUUCUUGUUUCUAGCCAAGCAAGAUCCAAUGUAUCCUGAUCACCGACCGACGAUUUGCUGCAUUCAGAUCGGAGGUGGAAAAUCAACGCAUGAUUGAUAGGCACCGUUGAUGGCAACUAUGGCUCAAAAAGUUUCAUCAUGCCGUGUUGCGUGUCUAUCGUAAAGUUGUGCCUAUAUAGAACACGAUCGUUCCUAGUUUAGGAUGUCCUGUUCAACAAAAGUGUAGCUACCCUUUUGAACACCUGCAGACGCAGAUAUCCAAGCAUAUCGACCAUCGACGUUUGAGGAUGCAGGCAACCGCAAUAUCAUGAGAUAAGGCCAUCUUUUCUUUUGCCAUAGGGUCGAUGAACAGCAUACCAAGUUUCGGAACAGCUCUUAAGUCCGCUCUCAAACAUUAUAUAUUGACCACUUCCACCAAAGUGAAGUUGGACCUCAUCAAUUCAAAGAAGCCCAUCAAUCCAAACAAGUUUGUUCUUUAACUUAUAUAUCUGCCUUACAUCAAUCGAUCAUCAAUCAAUCUAAAGAAUACUUUCGACCAACUUCAAUCAAAAUGCCUUACCAACCAAUCCCGUUCGAGAUGAUUGUCCGAGGAGAGAUGAACAUCCUGCCUUCCAUCGAAUCGAUGCCGAUGUCCUUUGAUGAGUUCUCAGGAUCUUUUGGCAUAACUCAAAUUCCCGGCAUGCCUGGCGUAAGGUGUCCAACCUGUCUUGCCAAAGGUCAAGAAGUAUGGGUUAUUCCAGGAAGAGCCUGCGGCGCUUGUGGUACCGGCUGUUGAAUAAUGAGAUUGACAUUGCAGUGCGACAGCUUUCAGACACAUGAUCAGAAUGAAGGGCAAUUUGUAAUUUGAGUAUGGCUAGAUGUUAGCUAUAACUCGGUUGGCAUGGGAUCGCAUGGAAUUAGAUUGUAGUUAAAAGGACCGGAGAGAGUUAUGCCUUGUCGUUAGGUUGGAAGGGGAUGAAAAAUGUUUUGCUUUUUAAUGUUUUAGCAUGAAUAAAACGUUUCUGGCCGCAACACAACCUCGAAAACUAUGAUACU